AUGAAUAUUGCUCCAAAACUCCCAUGCUCUCUUAAAGAAGUUGAAGAACAACAACAAUAUCAAACAGAACUUUUCGAUCUUAACUCAAUCAACAUCGAGUCAUUAAAUCCUGCAGAGAGAAAUCGUCUCUUCACACAAUUAUCUGCGACAAAUGGAGAAGUUCCAGCUGAAAUACGCCGCAUUACUGAUGGAUGGAUAGCAACUGUUGCUAACAAAGAUCCAGAACGUUAUCAACCAAAAACAGGACGUCAAAUCGUUCCAAGUCAUUUACCGCGUUCUCAAUUAAUUGACACUUUCUUUUCACAUCAAAUUCCAGGCAUUCAAGAUUCCAUUCUCACAGAUGUAAGGCGUUUAGUCAGACUUCAAUGUCAAAUCAAACAAACAGCAGAGCACGGAUCGCGCCAAAUCAAACUCGCAAUGCACCACUUAAAUCAAAUCGCUCCAGAAGCUAAACUUAUCAGCCAAAUUUCGACGGUCGAAUAUAAUCCAUUUGAGUCUAUUGGAAAGAUGAUUGAAGAAGACGAACCUCUUAAGAAGAUCAACUGCAUUACGAGACUUGCACAAACAUCUGUCUCUGUUUUACUUGAAAAUACCGAUGGAAUUACAGCUGAUUAUACAAAUGGAAACUACCAACAUCCAAGUACUGCUUAA